AUGGGACCUUCUGAAGGAAUCGAGCGAUUCGACAGCACGGGGAAAGGCCGAGGCAUGCGGGCCCUGCGGCACUUCGGUCUGGGGGAGCUCCUGUUCACCUGUCCGGCCUACACCUGUGUGCUGACCGCCCAGGAGCGAGGAAACCACUGUGAGCACUGCUUCUGCAGGAAGGAAGGUCUUGCAAAAUGUGGCAAAUGCAAACAGGCCUUUUACUGCAAUGUGGAAUGUCAGAAAGGAGACUGGCCCAUGCACAAGUUGGAGUGUUCCGCCAUGUGUGCCUACGGAGAGAAAUGGAAUCCUUCGGAAACUGUAAGACUGACUGCAAGGAUACUGGCCAAACAGAAAACUUGCAAAGAAAGAACACCGUCGGAGAGGUUCUUGACAGUUAAGGAGUUUGAAUCUCACAUGAGCAAGUUGGACAAUGAGAAGAAAGAGCUCAUUCAGAAUGAUAUUGCAGCCUUACACCAUUUUUUCUCCAAGAAUUUGCACUAUUCUGACAAUGCAUCUCUAGAAUUCCUCUUUGCACAGGUUAACUGUAAUGGCUUUACCAUUGAAGACGAGGAGCUGUCUCACUUAGGAUCAGCUAUUUUCCCUGAUGUCGCACUAAUGAACCACAGCUGUUGUCCCAAUGUAAUUGUCACUUACAAGGGCACCGUCGCAGAGGUCCGAGCUGUACAAGAGAUUAAUCCUGGAGACGAGGUGUUCACCAGCUACAUUGAUCUACUCUACCCCACAGAAGAUCGGAACGACAGACUUCAAGAUUCUUACUUCUUCACUUGUGACUGCAGGGAGUGCACAACAAAAGAGAAGGACAAGGCAAAGCUGGAGAUCAGGAAAUGCAAUGACCCACCCAACCCUAAAGAUGUACGAGACAUGAUCAAAUAUGCCCGCGGUGUGGUGGAAGAGUUCAGGAGAGCCAAGCACUUCAAAAGUCCUAGCGAACUGCUGGAGAUGUGUGAGCUCAGUAUGGAGAAGAUGGGAACUUUAUUUGCAGACACCAACAUUUAUAUGUUACACAUGACGUAUCAAGCCAUGGGAAUCUGCCUGUACAUGCAGGACUGGGACGGAGCCUUGAAGUAUGGAGAGAAAAUCAUCCAGCCGUACCGUAAGCACUAUCCAGCAUACUCUCUAAAUGUGGCCUCCAUGUGGCUGAAGCUGGGAAGACUUUACAUGGGCCUUGAGAAGAAGACUGGUGGAAUUAAGGCCCUGAAAAAGGCCAUCGCUAUAAUGGAGAUCGCUCAUGGACCGGAUCACCAUUAUAUAGCAGAAGUCAAGAAAGAGAUUGAGCAAUAA